GCAGUUGGGUCGGUGCCGUUGUCCAUUUGGUCAGCGGACAUAGCCGGGGCAGGAAACACUUACUUAAACGAUCUAUCGCGCAGCCGUGUGUUUCCUAUCAAGCGCGUACAGUUACGGCCUGUUUUGCACCCCAAUCCCAUUCUUAGUUCGAUUAUUCCGCAUCGAUCGAGUGAUUUCUUCACGCAUUGUUUUCCAUCGUCUUCCACACGGAGGGUUCGAGCACUUACGAUAUCGUGUUCCGGUCACCAAAGUGUGCUGAACCACGCGCGAACUCGUUCAUUCUCAAAGCUGCGAGUAGACUACAACGUACUCAAGGGGAUGAAGUAAGCGAGUGUGAACGAUCGAUCGGAUAACGAAGAAUUAAAAUGAUUUGGCAUCAUCGACAGACACGGGGACGUGUCGCUAUUUUUUUUCUCUUCGUGAUUUCUCUUGUUUUCGCCUCGGUGAAGUCGGAAAUCGUCAGAGAUUCUACGUUGUGCGGCCGAACAAAAUGCAAAGUGAGAGCGGACAAGAAAUUCAAAUACGAAAAGAACGUGUCGUACUGGUACAGAUAUUCGGUAGACGUGAGCACAAAUCUGGGCAAUGUGUCGUCGUUAUCGUUACCGGAUUUUCUUGGGAACGAGUCCACGCUACGAUUGGAUACGGACUUGGUAGUUCGUUUUAGCGGCCCUUGCGAGGGUAGCUUGAAAUUCGAAAAUGCCAGCCUAAGUCACGACCCUCGGAAAUACAAUCCAGAAUUCCCCGAUCGCGCUGGUGCGGAGUUCAAAGUGAAUUUGGAACGUUUCUCAUUGAGGUUUGCCUUCGACGACGGACGGAUUGAAGAACUUUGCCCGGACAAACGUGACCCGGUCUGGGCCUUGAAUCUGAAAAGAGGCGUGUUGUCCAUGCUGCAAAACACCAUGCACAGAUUCGACGUGGAUUACCGUGCGAAUGAAUUAGACGUGAAUGGCAUCUGCGAAACGAGUUAUCGUUUCCACGAAGUGAGACAGACCAGUCUGAUCGUGAAGAAAACGAAAAAUCUGUCGAACUGUUUGCACGGGGCGAAACACUUCUCUGUAAUUCGUUCGAACGCUUACAAGAGUCCACGAUCGGAUGCUAGCGGCCCUCGUCACCCUCUUCUUCAAUCCCGAAGCGAUUGCGAAUUAACGAUUGAUCACAAUGUUUACGAGAAGAUUGUAUGCAACGAGCUUCAUCUGUUGACACCGUUGUCGAGUGGCAACACAGGCGCAAGAACCAAAUCGACGACUACACUUCAAUUGAUCAAAGAGUCCAGAAACGAUUACAGCUAUAGCGACGAGUAUGAACAAAGCGACGAUUAUGGAGCUACCCGGGAGGAAGAUGAAGGAAAGAAUGAAAAGGAUAAACAUGGACGAGGAUCGACGAAAAGAACGAAUUUGUUAUAUGAUUAUUCGAAAACACCGAAGACCGUUCACGGCGAGUUGAGGAGUGCCAGAGAUUUGUUGAAAACAAUGUGUAGACUAGGAAUGAGCGUGGAUGAGUUGCAGCAACGAUUUUCCGAGACGUUCACUGCGUUUAUUCAGUCGGCGCGGCUUCUCGACUAUUCCUCCUUGUCGCAAUUAUUUGUCAGAGCUCACGGUAUUUGCAAAACUGGCAAGAAGCACAUCGUCGACGCAUUACCAUUCAUUGGCAGUAAUGCAGCCUUAAAUGUAAUGAAAGAUUUAAUAAUAAAACGAUACGUCGAUCAUGCGACAAUCGACAAAUGGGUUAUCGCUUUCGCGUUAGUUCCUCGACCAAAUCAGGAUACAAUCAGAGCUUUGUCACCCCUUCUCGAUUUUCAUCACCACAUUCCGGAUACUCAGUUCAUUUUGAGCUAUUCCACAACGAUCUAUGGUUUUUGUUCUACUCAUGACGUCGAUUGCACCAACAUCGAACAAGUGACACGAUUGCUUUCAUACUUGGAGCAGAAAAUCGAAAAGGGAUGUGCACCUCGGACGCAUUCAGUUUCUACAGUCAAAGAGACAUUAGAGGCAUUGAAAGCAGUCGGAAAUAUGGGCUUGGAAACAAAAAGACUGCCAAAAUUAUUAAAGGAAUGCAUAGACGACGUAGGAGGAUUUUUACCCAUGGAGAUUCGUGUAGCAAGUAUCGACGCUCAUCGUAGAAUGCCAUCCUGUGAGAAAACACGAGAUCUCUAUUUUUUGAACUACUACCGAAAUUUCAGUUUGGAUACGGAAUUACGUAUCGCAUCUUAUUUACAAGUGAUGCGUUGUCCCGAUUACAAUGUCGUUAAAACAAUCAAGCACACGUUAAAAUCUGAGGAAAUUAAUCAAGUUGGAACGUUCGUUUGGAGUCAUUUGACAAAUGUACAUAAUUCCGCUUCGCCGACCAGAGUCGAGAUUCAAAGUCUCCUAACGGAUCGCGAUCUCGACGACAAAUUUAACAAGGACAGAAGGAAAUUUUCACGAAAUUAUGACGGAUCCUUUUUCUCAGAGGAAUACAAUUUCGGCGCCAAUUAUCAAGGAAAUUUAAUCUUUUCUCCCAAAUCAUAUAUACCUAGAACCGCCACGUUCAACUUGACUUUCGACCUAUUCGGCGAAUCGGUGAAUGUUUUCGAAUUAACCACCAGGCUCGAGGGCUUUGAAUAUUAUGCAGAGAAAUUCUUUGGUCCUGAUGGACCGUAUAGUAACGAGAAAGUAUCGGGUUUCUUUAAGUAUUUAUUCAGAAACCUCAGAGCGGCCCCGGAAGAAAAAGAAGACUAUUGGGAACGUGUAAAAAGCCUGCCGAAUGUUAUCGACAACGAGUUCAUUGAACCCAGAAUCAGUUUUAGCUACAAGAUAUUUGGAAGCGACCUGAGAUAUUCGAUGUAUAACAACGACCGCGAAAUUAGAGAAGCCUUAACACGCAUAAAUCCAUGGGAGAAGUUCCAUCAAAUCGCUUCUGGAAAGGAAAUUCACUACGAAAAUGCAAUAAUGUUCUUGGAUUCCACUUACGUCGCACCAAUGAUAUCAGGGCUACCGGUGCGUUUGGACUUUGCUGGUUCUGCGGCUUGCAAUUUUAAAAUGUCAGGAUUAUUGGAUACUAAGGGGAUCUCUAAGGGAGAGCUCGAGUUAAUCAGCAACGUUGCACCGAGCAUGAGCGUCGACGUCGUCGGCAGCAUGACCGUAGACGCUUUUUACAAAACUGCUGGAACUAAAUUACGAUCGAAUGUAUACUCUUCUGGAGCUGUUAAAAUCCAUUUGGAAGUGAAAGGAAUACGCUCGGUUAAAUUGAGCUUGGGUUUGCCGAACAAACGCUUGGAAAUAUUUUCGGCUGGCACGGAUAUUCUUCUAACAAGAAGCAACGGUGCUGAUAUCGAAGAGAAGUCACUGGACGUUUUAAUCGCAGGUCAACACAGCAACGAUCGAGCUUUGAUACAGAUUCCGAAGAAUGUGAUUAGCAACACAAGCUGUACAUGGACAGCUCUCGACAGAUUAAUGGGACUAAAGUUUUGCGUUGAUUAUCAGUUGUCAAACGUGACGAAAAAUCCUAACGCGCCUUACUUUAUAUUGAGUGGGCCUGCACUUUUCAAAAUUUCCUUGAUUAAAGCUGAUCCAACCGCCAAAGAUUAUCUGCUCAUGUAUACAUGGAAUAAAACAAAGAAUGAUAAUAUUUUCAAAGUCGCAUUUGAUACACCUGGAUCGUUGGUUAACAGAGAGUUAAGCGCAAUGGUUGCUUUUGACACGAACACUCACAAUGUUACAGUUUUAUUAAAAUCUGCUGGAAAUUCUCUGGUGGCGGAAGGUACCUAUAAAAGCACGGAAAAUGAAACAUUCGUGGACAUAGGUUUCGAUAUAAAUGGUACUAAACACUUGGACGCAAGUUUUGGUUACGCAAUCAAGAAGUUUCAAUAUGGACACACGAUCAGCCCACAGAUGCAUUUAAUCGUGAACAACGAACGGGUUGCUGCUUUCUCAGGUACAAUUCGAAACGCCCAAAAAAACAACGUUUCUCAAUGCGACGUAGACCUGACUUUUCAAACGAAACGAGUGUGGAGUAAAUUGGGCGGUUAUAUCGUACGAAGAAACGUCAGCUUGACCAGUGUCUUUCAACUAGAGUAUCAGCUACAACGAAUGCCGAAAAAGGAGACCCUUCGGCUCGAGCUAUCGUCUUUCAAUCGCUCGUUAAAACCUAUCACGCAUAAAACGGUUGAUUUGGAGUUGCAGUCCAGCGCGUAUCCUCAAUUGAACACGGAGAUAAAAGCGUCGUACAAACAGGCACUUGGUCAGUUGGAGUUGCGCGCGGAAGUAAAUUCGAGGCCGCAUCUCAAGGACGACCGUCACAAACUCACUGCUCUGUUGAGCGUCUUCUAUUCAAGAAUGUAUUUCCAAAAUCAAGAUACAAAAGUAAGCGCGUUGUUCGCCAUAACGAAACCCAUUCAAAACUUGGACGUCAAAAUCGGAAUUAAUCACUGUGCCAUGGUACCGGAAUCGAAGACGGAUUUGGUGAUAGGAUACGCUCCAGGAAAAGAAAUCAACCUGAUGGUGAACCUAAUAAUGCCUCGCGGUCUGACGUUUGCCAUGGAGGGUCACAUAAACUUGACAAUUCCAAAUUUUAACUCCAUGCUAGUCGACGUACGGAUCACCGAGAGAUCGAAGCGAACGUACGAGUUGGACCUUGCUGGAACAUGGUUCAGCGGGCACAACAUGACAGCACGAGGCACCUACUCGGACAGAUCGAUCGCCACUAUAGUUAACCAUAGCUUGAAGCUGAUUUUAAAGUCUCCGAGUUUCGCCAAUGAUUUUCUGAUAAAUUGCAAAGUGUAUCGGAACUACAGCGACGUUAGAAUCGAUCUGCACGUGGAGCAACUGGAGCAGGAUAAGUACGCCUUCAUCUUGACUCACACGGUUGUGACGCCCACGAAUAUCGUGUCGUACGUCGAAGGGAGGUACAAAGGGAACGUGUAUUCGGUGAUGACCGAAAUCGAUACGCGGCGAGAAAUUAGUAUGGAGAUACAUUUGGACAAGUGGCGAGACGUUCAUCUGAUAUUGAGUGGUAUUAACGAGGAGAACAAGAAGAGAUUUGGAGCGGAAGUGAAAUGGGACGCGAAUCGAGAUCCUGCGUUGAAGCUAGCGUUCUUCUUCUCGUUGGACCAUCAAACGGCUCAAUUACCGGCUCUUUCGAGUUCGGAGGAACAAUUGGCUGAACGAAACGUUAGUACGAUGGUCACGUUGACCUAUCCUGGUCGAUUUGUCGUUUGUUCCUGCCACGUGACCGCGCGCGGGUACUACGAUUACAUCGUAGAUGCGGCAGUUGAUUGGAACCCGGAGGAAACGAUCAAACUGUUCGUCGCGACGGAAUACAACGUAAACCGGUGGAUAAAGUCGGUCAGUCUGGACACUCGGUUGCUCAUGCCGUUUGAAAAUUGGAAGAACACGGCUUUAAGCGUUAGGUACGAGCAAGAACAAAAUAGGGUGAAACUAGACGGCAGUGCUCACUGGAGAGAUUCACAGAAAUUAAUCGCGGAGCUAGAAGGCAUUGUAGCGGAACACGAUAACGUUAAAGAAUGGAAAGCCAAUUGUGGAAUAAGCAGCACCGUGCAUGACAUUUCAUCAACCACUGUCAACGUUACUCACAAGAUAAUUCAUUCGGAAACUGCGGACACUCAUCUACUAAUUAAAUACCAUCCCGAUAACGUGAUCGACGCUUGGAGUGUCUGGUAUUUGGACAAGGAAUCCGACGACAUUUUCAAUCUGACCGGUAAUCUGCAUCUCGAGUCGCCGGUGACUCGCUACAAAGUGACCGAUCUGAGGUGUCAGCUGCAAGUGUUGCCCGACAGCAAAUUCCUCGGGGCGACUAACUUAAACCUGGACAAGAAAACUUACACCGGUAAACUGAUCGGUGAUCUUCGUCGUCUGAGGGAAUCCAUGGUGGAAUUUAACGUCACCACACCGUUAGAAAAGUUUGCCUUCGUUCGCGGAAGAUUCGGUUUCUCACAGAGGAACAGACACGUAGUCGCGGAGGUGCUUACUCCGGCGAACUCCAUCGGCUUCGAGGUACUGUACCAAUUUUUCACGCCGUAUCACGACUUUGACGUUCGACUGUCGCUCGCCACGCCAUUGGAAAUACUUCAGAAGUUGCUUCUGAUCGCCAAGUUGAACGGCCGAGAGGCGGACUUCCGAGUCGGGUACAAUCGUAUAAUGGCUGGUUUCCAGGGUGUUUGGCGUUAUCGCAACAUCACCGAUUUUCACUACAGUUACAUGCUAUUCACGCCUCUCGAAGGAUUCGAGGAAACCGGGAUCGUUACCAAAUUAAUUCUAACGCGUACCGAGGACGACCGUCUCGACGUCGACACAGAAUUCUCUGUAAGAGUGUCCGACAAGAAGUUCAGCGACAUGAAGCUCGGUGUUAGAGCAAGAGCUGGUUCAAAGCCGGCGCCGAUUACUAUACCGAUCAAAUCACCGAUCGUCACGGCUGAUCAGACGAAAUUGGACGACACGGAACUGACAACGGAGAGAACCGAGCUGGAUCAACUGUCGGAGGACUACGACGAACCAACCAGCCUCCAUUGGCACGGCGAGAUCGAGAUCUAUCCCGUGAUCAUCGAACCCAUAAAGGGAGAGCUAGACGUAGACAGCGACGGGCCGACUUACAAGAUCGCCGGUGGGCUGCAGUAUUUGCAAAAGAAGAAGAUCCUGCUGGAGAACACGUUUUGGAUGGAGGAUCUCUUCAACAUGAAAAACGAAUUGAACCUAAUAGUCCCGUUCGAACUGUUCAACGAGAUCGUUUGCUCGAACGCGUUCAUCGUGAACAUGGAAACUCUCAAUUACAAGAUGGAGGCGGUCGUGAACGUGCGUAGAAACGUGACGUGGUACGAGACCGGAUUGCUUGCCACUUACAUCUACCACGAGAGCGAGGUAGACGACUCGCAGCUGCACGUGCUCCACCUGAACGUGAAAACUCCGAUAGACUCGCUGAAAUUUAUCAACGCGAACACCAGUUUGGACAUCGACGAGAACUUCUACAGGGCUAAAGUCGGUAUCCGCGCCCCGGACAGCGUCAUCGAUCUAUUCGGAUCUUUGGAGACGGAGGAAACGUUACUAGACACGGUGCUCACCGUCGAGGUCAAUACGCCGUUGCUGAAGGUGCCGAGGUCCACCGUCACCGCGAAACGAGACUUCACUGCGAAGGAGAAGUACGCGAAGAUCGGCUGCGACAUCGCCGAGCCUGUCGGGCUCUCGUUUCAAUCGAGCUGGUACGCGAAAGACGACAAAGUGAAAGCUUUCCUCGUCUUCAAGUCUUGGAUAGAGUCGAUGAGGAACGUCGAGGUUCAGGCAUCUUACUCGAACGCGAUUGCUAGCAACGGUACCGCGAGCUUGAACGUUCUGGCGAGGCAUCAACUCGAUCGGCAGUACAAAUUACUCGGUAACUACAGCGACAGCGUGAUCAAGGCCGAGUUAUACACGCCUUGCUCGAACGGGAAGCCGCAUUUCGAAUUUCACGGCAACGUGAUGAAGGAAAGCGACACUCUGCACAGAUUCGACGGUGAGUUGCGAAACCGUGUGAACUCGAGUGUGGACGCCGUUUCCGGUGUCGUCGAACUGACGAAAAAUGGUACUUUGCGGGCGUUUGAGGCGACAGCGCGGCCGAAGGGAGCUGAGGUCGGCGAAAAGGAUGAUUUGGUUUUGAAACUGAAGAGGGAGAAGUAUGGAUUGAAUGCUGCGUUGAUCGGUCGUACGGUCAACGGAUCGUUGGACGCGAACUUCGUGAACUCUUUGAACUGGGACGUGAGGGCACGCGCGAACCUCCCGAACCAGAAUGAUGACGCGGUGAUCCGGUUUGUCUCGUUCAUGAACGUUCAGGUGAACGACAACACGACGCUCUACGUUCACGCGGAGACACCGUUGCCGGACGUUCGGAACGUCACACUUAUCGGAAACGUGUUGACGUCAAACAACAGCGGUGACAUCCGAGCGAACGGUUGGUUGAACGAGCACGCUCGGCAAAUGAUUCUCCAAUGGAGAUUCGUCUACAUGGCGGAUAUGUUUGGGAGAGCGUUGAUCGGAUCCGAAGGGCCGAAUCUCGACAGCAAGCUGUUCGACGGCCGACUGUUCUUCAAGAAUCCUCGCCGCGCGUUCAGGAACGUCGACGUCGGCUUCGACCUGGACGUCGACCGUGAAAAGUGGAAAUUCGGAGCGAACGCUACCGUUGGAUUCCGAAAUCAAGAGAACAUCGACGGAGUAUUCGCCGUCAGAUUACCACCGCCUAACAACGACGAUCACCGCGUUCUCAUCAGUUAUCACGCCAACCAAGGAAUGAAGGACGCAUCCUACGUGGUCGGUUACAACGCUGUUCGUGCGAAGACCAACUACGCAUCCGACGGUUCGAUACACAUGGGCACGCGAGACAUCAACGGACACCUCCGCGCCUCCUGGGGCAUGUUGCCCGUUCAAUCCGUGAACAAUCUGUUAAACAUAAGCUUCGACAAUAAAGAGGUGGAGCUGAAAUACUCUCUGUACACUCCGAAGUUCCAGGAGCAACAGGAGACAUUGGUUUUGUUGUUCAAUUACGACGGCACGCAGGACAUAAAUAAACGGUUGAUAAACGCUGAGAUUUAUUGUCCAGCAAGCACGCGAAUAGCCUCGGCAAACGUGUCUUACGAAAGUUUUUUGAACGUGAACGGUACGAUCAACACCGCUUUCCCUGUGGCGAACGUCUCGUCGCUGGGCUGCCAGUUCAUCGUGCUCACCACUCCGCAACGGAAUAAAAGAUACGCCAAACUGUAUUGGCCGCGGAACACCGCGAUAGUGAAUUCAGACUACAAUUACCAGAGCAAGAAUCUGAACUCGGACUUCGAGGGGAUUUUGCACGCGGAGGUUCCCCUGAAUACGCGUCACAUCGGCCACUUGACCUACGGUUACAAGAAACGGCCGCAAAUAACGACUGGCUACGCGAAACUGACUUACAACGGUCAGAAAGUCCUUCACGGCCAGUACAAUUUGAAGAGCGAGUCGCGAGCCGGUUUCGAGCAGGAUCGUACUCAGAUCACCAUCGAGAACAUGUACAAACCGAUCGGCAUCCUCUACAUAAAUCAGUACGAGUACAGCGCGGGGAACGCCGGGACUAAUUUGCCGACUGUCGAGCUCAAGCAGGUGAAUCUCUAUCGAUUGGACAACAGAACGGCGUUGAACGUGACCGGCGAAUCGAGGAUCAGAACAACGCACACGGGCCAGGACAUUCAUUUGAAAGCGAUACACUUGAACAAGACGUUGCAACUGAGGACCGAGUACGAGGUUCUACCGGGCGAGUUCGACCAAACCAGCUGGCUGAGCUUGGCCGAGGAUGCCUGGGUUUCUUACAGCGUCAACAUCUUGAACAAAACCACCGAGGAGGUGAGCAAUCAGUUCUUGGUUCUCAACGUCUCUUAUCCUCGAAGAAACUUCAGCCUCGAUGGCUCUUAUUGGAUCAGCAGCGAGGAGCUGAAGUCUGCGGUGAAACUGGACUGGGACCAGGAGACCGCGAGGCCUCGUACCGUCGGGGCAUUGUUCAACUGGACGAAACUUUCGUCGGGAGAUAAUGGCAUGCAUCACAGAGCGAUCUUCGCUUUGAUCCAUCCGAGUUUCCUGAAGGAAACCUCUCUGACCGGCGAGAUAAAGACACGCAAUUUCAGAGACUCGGUGGACGUCCGCCUUGUCGCUGAUUAUUCUACUGAUCCGAGCAAGCUGUUCGAGUUUUCGGCGUCGUAUAGAAACGAAAGCGAGCCGCCGAUUUUCAAGAAGCAUUCCUACAAGAUAGCGGGUAAUCAUCCAAGUACGAGAUUCGAACUAGAUGUCCAAGGAUUUGUGUACGAGCGUAAUAGUUCGCUGUUCGAAAUGAUGAACAACGGACGGUACAACCGUAGAUUCACGACCAGGGAUGCGGGAAAAUUAAAUGCACGAUUGGAUCUCAAUCGCGACGAGCUGCUGUUCCAGCGAGAGUACAACGACGCGGUGAAGUAUUUGAACGUUCGGUAUUAUUCGUUCGAUCGUAAAUAUGUCGUGAACGGUAGUGUAAUAAAUACCCCGGGUUUAAAUGCUACCGGCGCCUUCUUCUUCCAUCCGACUGAAAAAUUAACGUGGAUGAUGCUCAACUACACCCCAGAUGCUGUGGAGAGUUUACGAAUGUACGGUAAUAUUCCUGACGCUCGAAAUGCUGUAUUUGAUAUUUGGAGGACGUACGAGGAAGAUUUCACUGUGUCAGACGUCUCUUUCUACUUGAAACUCAAUCAUUCCCGGCUAAUUACCUCCACCCUACGCUGGAGACCCGAACUUAAGGCUGACAUUAUUGCUCUUGUGAAGAAUACAGCAAUGGACACAUACAAUGGCAUAAACAACGAUAUCUAUUAUUGGAAGCAGUAUAUUAAAAUCGAAACUGUGAACGUAAUCUCGGAUGUUUGGGAUGAUGCUCAGUCGGAUAUUCAAGGAUUUGUCGAUGAUUGGAACAACUUGAAGGAGCUUGAGACAGACUUUGAGGAGUUGAAGAUUUAUUUAAACAAAUCCUACAACGCGAACGAUUUUUACAUCAAGGAUAUCGUCCUCUUCGGAUCGUAUAUAAUCGAUGAGCUGUCGUUACGAAGCCACAUAGAGUCUUUGCCAAACAUCCUAAACGAAAUAUGGGAGUUAAUGGGUGAAUCCGGGCAAGCGAUCAGGAAUUCUAUACUCUGGGUCAUUGAAACGAUAAAAAACGCGUUGAACAAAAUCCCGGAGAUCACUGCGGCUAUUUUAAGGGGCGACAUGAUUUCUCAAGUGGCCAAUAUAAUCGAUGGUUUGCUGGAGAAGUACGACAAGUUCGUGAAGGAUCUACACGUGUCGUUCAUCAAGUACAUAGGCAAUAUUUGGGGAGAGAUUUCCCAGACGAUCUCCCAACAAUGGAAUCGAUUUUUACUGAUGAUAGAGCCGAUAUUCAUUCGUUUCAUUCACUAUCUAGAGACCGUUGUUUGGAAAGCGAGCAAGGAGAUCGUUGACUUCCUCUACGAUCGAAGGAACGACCUCAUCUCCUCUCCUUAUUUCGACCGUUUCUCCAAUUUUACCCAAGACAUCGACAGGUUUUACCGUGACAUCAAGGGCAACGAUAUUGUAACGAACAUUCAGAAGUACUCGAGUCUGACGAUACAGUUCUUGAAGGACAGAUACUUCACGUUCGUGCCAUUUGGCAAAGAAUUGAAAGACGUGGUCGACGAAAUCGUAACCGAGCUAAAGGAAUUGCAAAAGUUACCGAGUAUACGUUACGGUCUGGAGAAGAUGCAACAAGUGUACGACAGAGCGUGCUACGUUUACGAAUACUUCGAGAUACGUGCCAAAGUGGAAAAUAUUAUCCGAUUGAUACAUUCGAAAUUAAUAGACGCAAGUCAGACAGCUCUACAAGCUGAAAGCAGAUACCGAGAGGCCAAAACGAAGUUCAUCUUCGAUCCUAGAGAAGGCUUGAUGUGCCUGGAACAGAAACUUCCCAUGUCUUGGCACUCGUUCAAUCAAACACCCGAGUUUCACGAGAUACCUGAAUUCAGAACCAUUUCCGACGCGAGUUCGUAUUUCACGUCCUCGGACAUGAGUUUCUGGAGAUUCUACCGAUACAAACCGUACAUGGACCCGUUGAAUUGGCUGCCACCAUUCAGAGCACAAGCGAUGAUCAUUGGUUUGCAACAUUUCAUUACCUUUGAUGGAAGACACGUAGAAUUCAUGGGACCUUGCACAUACUUAUUGGCUCGUGAUUUUGUGCGUGAUACUUUUGCCAUCCUCUUGGAAUAUCAGCAACAAUUUGAUCGAGUUACACACAAAAUUAUCGUAUUACUCGGGAAGGAUGCUCUCGAACUCGACUUCUUCAAUGACUCUAUCAAGUUCAUUUCCAAGCAGUCGUCCGACACAACGAAUAAUUUUGUACUCCCAGCUGAACUCGAAAAUGGAACUACGUACGUUUAUCAAGUAGAAAGUGUGGUAACUGUGGAGCGCAAGGAAAAUCAAUUCCGACUCGAAUGCAACUUGAAAUUCGACCUGUGCACCUUGGAAUUAUCCGGCUGGUAUCACGGCAAAACAGCUGGUAUUCUUGGAACGAUGAACUACGAGCCAACAGACGAUACCACCGCGUCGAAUGGAAUCGUAACAAAAGAUGUGAAAGCAUUUGCCGAAAGUUGGUCAAUCGAUCGAGAUGCCAGUGAUCGUUGUUCGAUGAAUAAUUCUCACGCGAUUGAAACAGCCGAGACAUCCAACGUAAUGUCAAAAUCGCAAGGAAAUUUCACGGUUGUAGAAUUUUGUAAUGAUCUGUUCGUAAACAAGAGUUCUGAAUUCCUCGGCUGUUUCGACAUAAUAGAACCGGAAGAAUAUUCAAAAAUGUGUACCGCAAGCGAGAGUAGAGCGGAAGCGUGCACGGUGGCUUUAUCCUACAUGCAGAUCUGCAUGUUCCACGACACGUACCUCAGAAUACCGGACAUAUGUAGCAGUUGCAGUAUGAUUGAUGGCAAUCAAAUUGCGGAAGGACAGUUCGCGAAACUAGAGGGUGAUCGAGUACCCAGAUCGACCGAUGUGGUAUUCAUAGUAGAAGGGAAGGAGUGCAACCGCGGCGUGAGAGAAAAUCGCAGUAUCGAACAGUUGGUCACUCAGUUGAGUAAAGAGCUCAAAGAUCAAGGUCUGGUGGACAAUCGUUGGUCUCUGGUUACUUUCGGGGCAGACGGAGUGUUCGAUCAUCCGAGGAGCAUCGUCUUCGAUGGGCAACUCUUCACUAAGAACGUAGCACGAUUUAUUGAUUACUUUGACCACGUGCAAGUUGGCGAUGGGAGCCGCGAUAUUUUUGCAGCGAUUGCGUUUGCCUCGAAACUCGUGUUCAGAACCGGUGUGUCGAAGACUUUCAUUUUAAUGCCCUGCUCGCAUUGCGAGCCGGAAAAUCAGACAUUGGAUUAUUCGGUGAUACACGAAGUAUUAUUGGAACAUGAUAUCACACUUCAUAUAUUGAUGGAUGGUGAUUUCGAAUUCGAAAAAGAGAGGCUGAACAAGAUUUUCUAUGGUUUGGACGCGACGAAAUCAUAUACGAAAAAAGAUGCCAGAACGUUAACUGGCGAUAUCGAUCUACGAAGGCAAGUGAAACUCUCGAAAAGCGCACUCGGUUAUUGUACGCCUUUAUCUCUGGAGAUCAAUGGAACAAUAUUCAGCGGUGAUAAAUUACGUUUCGAUAAACUAGCUUCGAUCAAAAAAUUUGCUAGCGUCUUUUCCAAGAGGGUAGCAUUAACAGCGCAGCCUAAUCCUUGUCAAAAUUGUGAGUGCACCGCUGAUAAUAGUGGUGUUACACGUAUGGAGUGUAUCCCUUGCAUAUAUCCAACUCCGGUUUCUGUCGAUUAUGAAACGUUUAAUUUGAAUGAUUCGUUGGCAUCUUUGGACCCAUUGAAUAUCGAUUACGGCCAAAUCGAUAUCGAUGAUAGCUGAAAAAGCACUUGUAUUCCUCCUUUUUCUUACAUACCUUAUAUUGCUUACUUUAUUUCAGCGAAAAACUUUUACUAAUGUAUAUAUAACAUACAUCUUUCGACAAUAAGUAUUCAAGACGUAUUGUGAAUCUAAGAAUAUCACAUAUGAUGUUAUACGUUUAAUAUAAUUUUAUAUAUUUAUAAAAUAAUACUUGGUUCGAUCUUUACUUCGAAAGGAAUAUUAUAUUUAGAUGUAUUAGAUGUAUAAGUAAGAAAGAGACAGUCUCGUUUAUUAAUCGACGACGCUACACAUUUCCGUGUACAAGUUUUUAAAAUUAAUAAAAAAUUGAACUUGAAGAAUGAGAAAAGCAUUACGUCGUUUUAAAUUUAAUUGACAAAA